AUGAAUCUGACCACCUCAACGGAUGAUAGUCUUGAUGAUAAAAACAGAGCAGCGGUUCUCCUGGGAUUACAAGAAAUAAUUCAGAGACAAAAAGAAAACGUUAAGGUGAUGGACAUUUGCUUCAACAAGUGUGUCCCCAAAAUAGGACCCCAAUUGAGUACCUCAGAGCAGAAAUGCAUUUGGUGCUGCGCAAGUAGCUAUUUCUAUACCAACGUUUUUCUGAACGAACGUCUACAACAAAUGACGAAGCUUUUAAAAUCAAGCACAGAUAAUAUGAAUUUGUAA